GGGGGAUCUAUAUAACCGGAAGUAGCUUGAUUGGCGCUGCCAUCAAAGCUCCUCGCAUUACCUCCAAAAAUCUCAUCAGUGUAAUUUUUUGUGAGGCAGUUGCUAUAUAUGGUGUCAUUGUGGCUAUCAUAUUCCAAACAAAGCUUGAGAGUGUCCCUGCCUCCCAGAUCCAUGCACCAGAGUCCAUUGCAGCUGGCUAUGCAAUUUUCGCUUCAGGGAUAAUUGUUGGGUUUGCCAAUCUUGUGUGCGGGAUAUGCGUUGGAGUGAUUGGAAGCAGUUGUGCUUUAUCUGAUGCACAAAACUCUACACUUUUUGUUAAGAUUCUGGUGAUUGAGAUAUUCGGUAGUGCAUUGGGGCUCUUUGGAGUUAUAGUAGGAAUAAUCAUGUCGGCUCAAGCAACUUGGCCAUCCAAGGCUUAAUGUGCACAAGCAAGAAAUACUAAACCAGACA